AUGAUGUUAUAUCUGCGGUAUCAAGUAGAAGAAUAUGCUUUCAAAAAAUGGGGAAGCCCUGAAGGGCUAGAUAAGGAAUAUGAAAGGCGGGAAGCAGCAAAGAAGCAAAGAAAGGAGAAAAAAUUUCUAGAUAAACUGAAAGAUAUGAGAAAGAAAACUAGGGCAGAAGCUAUCACCAGGCAUGCCGACGAAAGACAUGAACAUGAAUGGUCUGCGCCUAUGGAUGGGCUGCAAGGUAUGGUGUCAAGGCGGUGCAAGGUAUGUGGUAUGACAACAGAAGAGAUUGUUUUUUGA